AUGCACGCCUACAAUGUCAUGGAGCUGCGCCAUCAUUUCGGCGGACGGACUCGACCCAGCCAAAGCAACGGCAGCAGCAACGGCAACAGCAGUACGUUGGAAACGCUGCCCGUGAAUCCGAAUCCGAAUCCAACUUCAUCCGUCAACCCAUGGCCAUCCGCUUUGACCGCCAAGAAUUUCCCCGCUCGUCGCGGUGCAGAGGUCUCCGGGGCAAAGAGCAUCGCGAGUGACAUCACCAGGCUGGCCAACGAGAGCGAGGAGGAGGAUGACGGGGCGACUCACUUGAACUCGAACUUGAGCUCGCCGCCUCCACAGCCUAGCCACGUAACCUCCUCCGAGCUGGAAGAAGGGACCUUGGAGGAUGCGGAGAAGGAGCAGCUCAUGAUACAGCUUCUCGCCGACCUUUCCCGCGCCUCGAACGAGUUCAUGCUCCGCUUGACCAACGGCGCUCCCGAGAACAGCGUCUUCCGCCACGUGCUCCUCAUGAAAAAGGAGGUAUUCUCAUCGCUUUGCGAGCGCUACAACCGCUUUGAUCCGUCGUGGCCGUUUCUCGACAUCUCAUGGCUGGAAAGGCACCCGACGGUGACGCGUGGCGCUAACAUCAUCGCAAGAGCGAAUCUCGCCAUCAUUCUCGACUGCAUACAGGGUGUUCCGGAGGAGAAUGACCCAAUUCUGCUCACCAUUUUCGAAGGUCUCGAUGCCGCCUUCCCAUGGGUCUUUACCGAUCCCACCGAGGACAGCCGCUAUUCAAAACUGACGUUGGAGAUUCGCACGCAGUAUUGCAUCCAGCAUUUUGCCCAUGACGCCAGCGCAAGCCCCAAGGUGCUCCUUUCGUCCAUUUUUUGCGACAACGUUGCCGAAGAAAAUGCCGACUACGCUGCCAUGAUGGCCAACGGUCCCUUCAAAAGCCUCGGAGAUGAGAUGGACUCUGACAUCACCGACAAGAUCGGACUGCGCAUUUUGGACCUCUUUCACCUCAUGAGAGGAGACCCAGACGCGGCCCUCGCCAAGCUCAGAAAAAGAUUUCCGCUGCAGGAGCUCCUUGAUGAAUUCAAGAGAUGGAUCGUGUCGGAAUACACCAGCUUGCAGGAUUCCGGUGACGACGUGUCGCAACGCCGUUCGACGCCAUCCGAAGUCCCGCCGUUGUCGGACAUUGUGAAAGAUGUUCAUGCCGGGUAUGUUGCCGAACUGGCCCAGAUCGAUCAACAGCAGCAACUUUUGCUAACUGUCUCCAGACCGAGCCUUUUUCACGGUCCAGAAUCUGUGCUUUUUCUCGAAAAGCCGUGGGAGCCUGGUGCCUCACCGUCUUCUACUCGGCAACGGCCAUCACGAGGGGCACUGGCUGGAAGGGCGCCAAUGCAUGCUCCACGAACCAUCAGGGACCCUACCAGCCGAGAGCUGCUCCUGACCCAGACGCCACCUCCUACUGCGAGCCCAAGGGCAACGGCGAAACGGCCUUUGGAGGCUGUGUAUGGUGAUGAUGGUGAUGAUGUCGACGACGACGACGAAAGCGAGCUUUUCGAAAGUGAUACUCGUCCCACGAACAAAGCGAGGUUUCCUACACACACUACAUUGCUCAACAAGCGAGCGCGAGCACCGCAAGAACGGUCGGUACUGCCGCCGUCCACAUAUCAGUCCGAGCCUGGCGACGACAACGACGUGCUCGACUACAAAUCCAUCAACCGCUACGCCCAUGGCGCUUCGAAGCAGGCCCGUGCGAUGGCUCGCGCGGCCUUUAAGACAAGACGUCCCUGGUCCAACAUUGACGCCCAUCUCCUCGUGCGGCUCAUUGCCGAGACAAAGGCCUGCUGGUCCAUAAUCGAGAAUCGGCAUAACAGCCGGUUCGAGCACGCCCGAAACCAGCAGGCGUACCGCGACAAGGCCCGCAACCUCAAGGUCGACUUUCUGCUCGCCGACGCUCCCCUCCCGCCAAGCUUUGACCUCGUUGCCUUGAGCGGCAAGGAGGUGGCCAGGGUGGAGGCGGCGGGCAAGAACCCGUACCGGCGGGAAAACGACAUGGUCGACGGCGAGCCUGUCAACACCCGUCUCGUGAUAUGA